AUGGUUGGUGUUUUGACAAGGAUCAAAGACUCGUUGAAAACAUCCCUGCUUGUCUCACUGGACAGGCGCUGGGACAGUGUCGCUCACUGUGAUGGCAUCCUAAGCCUCUUCUGUGGUCCUAGUAUCGACAUCCGAAAUGAGAUCAGUGAGUUCAAGCGGCUGGAGAACUGCACAGUGGUGGAAGGCUACCUACAGAUCCUCCUCAUCAACGACAAGACCAACAACAUCCACCAGGAGCUCUUCCGCUCCCUCAGCUUCCCAAAGCUGACCGUCAUCACUGACUACCUGCUGCUGUUUCGCGUCUCGGGCCUGGACAGCCUAAGCAUGCUCUUCCCCAACCUGAGUGUCAUCCGCGGACGCAAUCUCUUCUACAACUACGCCCUGGUGAUCUACGAGAUGACCAGCCUGAAGGACAUCGGCCUGUACAACCUGAGGAACAUCACGCGGGGAGCCAUGCGGAUUGAAAAGAACCCUGAGCUCUGCUACCUGGACUCUGUGGACUGGUCUCUAAUUAUGGAUGCUGAGUUCAACAACAUUAUCAAUGGGAAUAAGAAGGUAAAGGAGUGUGACAAUGUCUGCCCGGGCAUCAUGAAGGAUAACCCUCUUUGUCAGAGGACGUCGUUCAAUGACAACUACGACUACCGCUGUUGGACCUCCAACCAGUGCCAGAAAGUAUGCCCAGAACACUGCAAGCUUGCCUGCACAGACAAGGGGGAGUGUUGCCACAGCCAGUGCCUGGGCAGCUGUACCGAGCCCAACAACGACAUGGCCUGCUCCGCCUGCGUCCACUACCACCACGAGGGUCGCUGUGUGCCAGACUGUCCCCCAGACACCUACAAGUUUGAGGGCUGGCGCUGCAUCACCAUGGACCUGUGCUCUCAAGUGCACCUGCCUGGUGACACUCACUUUGUCAUCCACAGGGGAGAAUGUAUGCCCGACUGCCCCUCCGGCUUCACACGCAACGAGACUAAUCGUAUGUUAUGCAGUGCCUGCAAUGGCCCGUGUGAUAAGCCCUGCACAUCCCCAGUGAUUGACUCUGUGGAUGCUGCUCAGUCCCUGAAGGACUGCACCAUCAUUGCAGGCAAUCUGGACAUCAACAUUCGCCGUGGAAAUAACAUAGCGUCUGAGCUGGAGAGCUUCAUGGGAUUGAUCCAGAGAGUGACGGGCUAUGUGAAGAUUCGACACUCCCACGCACUUGGCUCGCUGUCCUUCCUCAAGAGCCUGCGUUACAUCAAUGGGCAGGACCUCAUCGACAACAUGUAUGCGUUCUCCGCCAUCAACAACCAGCACUUGCAGUAUCUGUGGGACUGGAGCCAGCACAACCUGACCAUUCUGAAUGGACGUCUCUUCUUCCGUCGGAACCCCAAACUCUGCAUGUCUGAGAUCCACAAGAUGUGGGAAAAGACGAACAUAACUGUGAAGCCAGAGGAGGGGGACUUCCGUAACAACGGUGAAAGAGCCAGCUGUGAAAGUCACAUCUUGAAGUUCAAGUCCAACAAUACAUCAAGCCAUAAGGUCAGGAUGAUAUGGGAGCGCUACCAGCCACCGGACUAUGGAGACCUUAUCAGCUUCAUAGUCUACUACAAGGAGUCCCCUUUCCAGAACAUCACAGAGUUUGACGGCCAGGAUGGCUGUGGCUCAAACAGCUGGCACAUGGUGGAUGUGGAUCUCCCUCAGGAUAAAAACAUUGACCCAGAAGUCACUAUUCAUCACCUUAAGCCCUGGACCCAGUAUGCUAUUUUUGUGAAGGCCAUUACCUUGCAGGUGGAGGACAAACACAUUACUGGGGCAAAGAGUGAUAUAAUCUACAUUCGCACACGCCCAUCGAUGCCGUCUAUGCCCAAAGACGCCCGUGCAUUUGCCAACUCCUCAACCAAGCUGGUGGUUAAGUGGUCACCUCCAGCUUUUCCCAAUGGCAACCUGACCUACUACCUUGUCCGCUGGCAGCAGCAGCCUGAGGACAGGGAGCUGUACCAACACAACUACUGCUCCAAAGAGCUGAAGAUCCCGAUCCGUAUCCCAGCCACAGGGCUCACAGACAUGGAAGAGAACACCAAGCCCACCAAGUCAGACCUGGCAGGGGCAGACAAGGGCCCAUGCUGUACUUGCCAGAGGACACCCGAGGAGCAGGACCGGGCGAAAGAUGACCGCGUCUUUCUUAAAGUUUUCGAGAACUUCCUCCACAAUGCCAUCUUUCUGCCAAGACCACCAGAUCGUCGACGUAGAGAUGUUUUCGGUGUGGCUAAUAACACACUGUUUAAUGAGGGUGUUGGUAGGGGCAACACCACCCUUGGCCCGGGUGAAAACAGCACAGAUGGCAUUCCUCCUAUCAAGGAGUACCCCUUCUCAGAGGAGAAGAGUACAGCAGAAUAUUUAGACAUCCCCAACCUGCGGCCCUUCACCGUCUACCGUAUUGACCUCCAUGCCUGCAAUGAGGAGGUGGGGCGCUGCAGUGCUGGAGCCUUCGUCUUCUCCAGGACCAAACCUGCAGUCAGAGCAGACGACAUCCCUGGAAAGGUGAUCUUUGAGAGAAGUGACAAGGUUGAGGGUUGUGUGGUGCUGCACUGGCCAGAGCCCGUCAUGCCCAAUGGACUCAUCCUGAUGUAUGAGAUCAAGUUCCGUCUGGGGACUGAGCCUGAGAAACACGAGUGUGUGUCGCGACAGCACUACCGCGAGCACAGAGGAGCUCGGCUGACCAACCUGGGCUCCGGGAAUUAUUCUGCUCGUGUGCGGGCUACCUCACUAGCUGGAAACGGCUCCUGGACGGAGAGCGUGUAUUUCUAUGUACCUCCGCCCAAACGAGACGAUGGUGUUACGUUCUACUUGGUCAUCAUAAUUCCCAUCAUAGUGACACUUUUCAUUGCCAGCCUCACCACGAUUCUCUUCUUUGUGAACAAAAAGAGGAAUAGCGACAGAUUGGGGAAUGGAGUUCUUUACGCGUCUGUCAACCCAGAGUACUUCAGUGCUGCUGAGAUGUACGUCCCGGACGAGUGGGAGGUGGCCAGAGAGAAGAUCACUAUGCACAAGGAGCUGGGUCAGGGCUCCUUCGGCAUGGUGUAUGAAGGCAUCGCCAAGGGAGUGGUCAAGGAUGAACCUGAGACACGAGUGGCCAUCAAGACGGUCAACGAGUCGGCCAGCAUGAGGGAACGCAUUGAGUUUUUGAACGAAGCCUCUGUCAUGAAGGAGUUCAACUGUCACCAUGUGGUGCGACUGUUGGGCGUGGUCUCUCAGGGCCAGCCAACCUUGGUGAUUAUGGAGCUGAUGACCCGUGGAGAUCUCAAGAGCCACCUGCGCUCUCUGCGCAAAGAAAACUCUACCAGCCAGGUCCUGCCCCCGCUCAAAAAGAUGAUCCAGAUGGCAGGGGAAAUCGCCGAUGGCAUGUCGUACCUAAAUGCCAACAAAUUUGUCCACAGAGAUCUGGCUGCUAGGAACUGCAUGGUAGCCGAGGACUUCACUGUGAAGAUUGGAGAUUUUGGCAUGACCAGAGAUAUUUAUGAGACGGAUUACUACCGAAAAGGAGGGAAGGGCCUGCUGCCUGUCCGCUGGAUGUCUCCCGAGUCACUGAAAGAUGGCGUGUUCACUACAAUGUCUGAUGUCUGGUCAUUUGGUGUCGUACUGUGGGAGAUCGCCACCUUAGCAGAACAGCCUUACCAGGGCAUGUCUAAUGAACAAGUGCUGCGCUUUGUCAUGGAGGGAGGACUCUUGGACAAACCUGACAACUGCCCUGACAUGCUGUUUGAGCUGAUGAGAAUGUGCUGGCAGUAUAACCCCAAGAUGCGUCCGUCCUUCCUGGAGAUCAUCAGCAGCAUCAAAGAUGAACUGGACCCCCCCUUCAGGGAAAUGAGCUUCUUCUACAGCGAGGAGAACAAACCGCCGGACACCGAGGAGCUGGACAUGGAGGUAGAAAACAUGGAGAACAUUCCACUGGACCCUGCAUCCACCAGGCAGCCCUCUGCUGCUGCUGCCACCCCCUUGUCUGGGUGUUCAGGAGGCACACCGCCUCCCUCUACCCAGCAGUUAUCCCCCAUGCAAGGCCCUAGUACUCCAUUACUGGGACCUGUGUCUCCCUCCUCCCCAGGCCCGGCUGCCUCAGCCCCGGGCCAAGCCUUGGACAAGCACUCAGGACAUGUUUCGGCCAACGGGCCUGUGGUGGUGCUGCGGCCCAACUUUGACGAGAUGCAACCCUAUGCACACAUGAAUGGGGGCAGAAAGAAUGAACGGGCGUUACCACUGCCCCAGUCGUCGGCCUGCUGAUAUCAGACCAGCCCCUCCUCCUCCUUUUACACAGGGUAACACAAACCUCUCCUCCAUCUCUUAAGGAGGGAUGGAUGAGGUAAGAAAUGACUUUCUUCUACUGUGUGCCAGUAGAUGGUCUCUCCACUCCUUAAAGGUCAAACAUAAACUCUAAAAACUAGAAAUAGCACAGAAACCUGCUAAAUCAUUUGGAGUUUGGUGGCUCAGACUCGACACUGGGGAACUCCUUCCUGUGCAGCCUGUAUUUCAGUCUUUGUUGUACAAGUCCUUCAAGAAGGAAAACAAUACAGGCAUGCAUCCUGACUUACAUAUUUAGACAUGAACUUAAAGAAAAUCUUUUUUUUCUAGCAUAUCUGCCAGCAAAUCCAGCAGAAGAGCACUUUUUUUCCUGAUGAUUCUAGAGAGGAUGUUGUGGAUAUCUGAGCGUGUAUUUAUACAAACACAUGAUUCUCUCUAUAUUAUGGUAUGGCUCCAUCUUUAAAUGACUUUCCAUCAAAAAUGACUUUGUUUGCAUUCUGAGCAGACUGGCUCAUGUCAUGUGAGCAUGCCUCAAUUAGAAAGUUUGGACUAAGAUCAUUGUUUAAUUUUCCUGUUGAUAUUUCUAUGGGUGUAGAUCCCGUCAGAGGCGGGUCAAAAUGGAAGAGGAGGGCCUAUUGUGUGUCUGCCAAACUAUUGCCAAAUCAAGCUUUUUCUUCAAUUUCAUACAGAUCUCCCUUCUUGUUUAAGGCUGUGAUUCAAAGUCUGUCUCGGAAGUAUACCUUAAUUGUUUGGUGGUAUUAUGUUAAGUACCAAUUGCUCCCAGAGCAGCUGUGUGCGGUGUUAUAACAGGACAGAAAACAGUGUUCCUGUUGAGACGGGCUGCAUUCACACCUGCACCCAAAGUUUUCUCAGAAUACGCAGCGUCUGCAUUGGGGGUGGAAUAAAUCUAGCAAGCCUUGUGGUACUUUGAGGAGAAACACAAGACUAAAUGUCUACAAAGUGAUUUGCAUAUAGAGAGAUCAAUAUAAAAGCAAGACUAAAUCUGUUUGAUUCAGGAAAUUAAAGUUAAUGUUUCUUUCAAAUCAGUUGACACAAUGUCACUAUGAAUUCAUCUGAAGAUGUUUUUUUUGUACAAGCAACUGUGUUCUUAAAUAAUUGAUAAUAACCAACAGUUAUUAGCAUUAUGUAGUUAAGUAACCACUUGCCUGCUGAUACAAUUAAAUGAUGACAACAAGAUUCUUCGAUAUACAAAUCUACCUGCUUAAAAUUCAUAUUUGUGUUUUUUGGAAUUAUGAUCAACUGGGAACCUAAGAAACCCAAAGAGUAACAGGUGGCAGACAGCAGAUCAUAGCUCAUAGAAAGAAAAAGAAAAUAAUUAUUUUCAAAUAAUUUUCAUAAAAUUGAAACAGUUAGUCAAGCGAUAGAAAAUAUGCAACAAAUUGAAUUGGUUCGAGCUCAUCACACGUGAGGAUUUUGAGCAUUUUUUUUGUCUAAUGUGAUAGUAAACUGGACAUGUUUUUGGUUUUGAAAUCAUCUUGGGCAUUCUUUUCUGCUGUUGCAUAUAACAAACAAUCAGUUAUUAAAGAAAAUAAUUGGCAGAUCGUUUGACAAUAAUAAUUCAUUGCGGACCUAUAUUUUCAGAGAAUUUCAUUUAAUAAGCCAGCGUGCUGUUGCCGGUGAUGGCUGGCUAACCAAAACUUUCUGUUGCACCACCAAAAGUCCAUUCAAAUCCAAGCGUAGCUAAAACCUUCGGAGGGAAUCACACGCUUGAGUCAGCCAACUCUGAAUCACAGCCUCAGUCUGUCUUUGUUUUAAUAAUAAAAAUCUAAACAAAAGCACCAUAAGUCUCACACUGCAAAUCACUGAACUUCACAAUCAAGGGAUACGACUCUGCCUCCGCUUUCAUUUAUUCAAACCUUAAUCUGAAGUGUGCAUUUCUUGUGGGAAGUGAACACUGUUCGCUGAUACUGCUGUUCAAAAUAAAUGGCACCACAAACAAACAAACAAGUCAAGAUCUGAGACAGAAAACGAGAAGGGUUGGAUCGGAUUUUAGUAGCCUAGAGACGACUUUUAAACCACAGCAGGUCUCUUUUGGAAUAGUCAUUAGUUUCUCUACAUUUCAAACACAUAUAAAGAUCUUACGGUUGUAUUUUAGACUGCAGGAUCGUUUUUAUACACAUCAAUGGUUUUGUCACUUUUUUAAAAACCUUUUUAUGGUUCAAAAAUGUUUGCCUCUUUGUCUGUACAGAACAAAAGCUGCUAUUUUAUUCUUUUUUCUCUUUUGGAUGUUAUAUAUAAAGAAAUCCUUCAGGUUCGGUAUUUUAUGGUCUCCACUACAGUCCGUUUCUUAUAUCUUCAAACUCUGUUUAAAAAAAAUAAAAUAAAAUAAAACAACAAAAAAUACAAUGAUUUAGAUAUAAAAAAAAAUAUUUUUUUCUGUUACCCCAAAAGGUUUUCUGUAACACUAUAUUUUGCUCAUUGCCUUUUAUUUUUAUGAAAUCUUUCCUCCUGUAUUUGUUUUGUGGAUGUCUAUAUUAUUAUUAUUAUUAUUAUUAAUAUUAUUAAUAUUAUUAUUAUUAUUUGGAAUGGACACCUUAGCUCGAUGUGUGAGUGUGUACUUUCUGCAUCCUUUUUGUACUUGUUGUCUAGCACUGCACCUAGCAUUGCCCUCUAGGUGCGACUCAAUCUCAGGUCAAAGUAAAGGCUUUGCUUUCUCCACACAUUCUCAUGAUCGUCCUCUACUUGUCUCAGUUUGUACCUCCUCCCUUUUCCCCCCCUUUCCUCCCCCGAUCAUGUUUUGUUGAGUCCAGUAGUACCCUCUCUCCUUCCCACUGGCCCCAGACUGACCUCUACAACAUACUGUCCCCCCUCCUCUUUUGAAGUCGGGAUCAGUUCCAGUACACGAGAUAUUUACUCCAUACCAGAUCUGGUAUUUUAAUCCUGCCUCUUCUUGACUCAAUAGGGCUAUUUGGGUUGUCUUGUUUGCUUUAAUUAUGCCAACCAUCCCCCAACUAUUCAAAAUCAUUUUUUUCCCACAUUUACACACACACACUCUCAAACGCAAUACAACGCCACUUCUGCUAAGGUUACUUCUUCAAUGUGUGAACAGGUCUUAUUGUUUGUCUUCAUAAUCACUGCUUCUGAAAAACCAAAUAAAGGAUGGGUUAAAGUCCAGGGAAGGGAACACAUUUCAAUGUUAUGAAUGGAAAAAGGUCUUAAAAAUGGAGGCUGAAAAAUGUUUUGAAGGAUUUCUCCUCAUCUUUUGGAAAUGUUGCCUGGUGAUUUUUUUUUCCUUUCUUUGAAGUUUUUUUUUUUUCUUUCUGUAGGAGUGUUAUUUAUUAAUUUUUUUAUUUUCCUUUUGUGAUAUCAGUUUAAAUCACUGUAUAAAUGCCCCAUGAUUCAGUAUAAAGUUGGAUUUUUUUGUAUGUAUUUUCUUUGGUGUCAUGACUGGGGGACUUAAAAAAAAUAUUUUUUUUCCUUCAAGUAUAUAUCUACCUCACUCUUUUUCAAAUAUAUGUAUGCGUAUGAAAAAUAAGUACAUCUCACUCUUUCUCAUCAGUUUGUAUAGAAACCUCAUCUAGAUAAAACCCACAGGGAUCUAGAUAAACCUCACAAAGCGGACUAGGACAGGAGAUGGAAUAUCUGUGUGGAGGUUUAAGUGCUGUAAACUCAGCGAACCGAUUUCUGGCCCAGCGGUUAAACAAAAAGUACGUUUAUACCUCUGAGAAUAUAUAAAAGAACGGUCUGUAUGCUGCGUGUAAAUUGUUGUUGGGUAUUUAUUACGUAGUUAAGUCAGCCUACACUUUGAGGGUUUACAGCGUUACAAAGCUUAGAGCAGGUCCAGUAUGUAUUGAUUGAGACAAGAGGCCGGGGCACAACAUCAACAUCAGGCAUUCCAUCUCCACUGACUCCCAACUUAUUGUCACAACCUCAAGUCCUCAAAAAGACAGAAACCCUAAUUUUCUCAUCUAAAAUGCAUUUAUACAGAAGUCUAAAGAUUUAUCAUGGGGGAAUAUUUAAAAAGGGAAAAUGUUUUAUUCACCUCUAAGAGAAGAAAAGUAUUUGCUUUUUGCCUGUGAGGUUACCGCACAACUUUAGUUUAUCCCAAACAUCUAGAUGUCAGUCACAGUUCAGACAAAUGCGUUCGGUUACGUAUAUGGAUCAGUACUGUGAAUGUAACGAGGACAGUUCUUCACUUUCUACACAAAAACCUUUUAUAGAGAUUGCAGCAACUUCACCUCCUACAUGUUUCUACCUUCAAUCCUGAAUUCAGUCUUUUGUCAAUAUUGGACAAUGUAAACUAUUUGUGUUUAUAUGAACGCCAUCAUCUCCCCUGUCAAAGUCUCUAGCUCUAGUGAUAGCUACAGUAAUUUCCGCUCUCAUCAAGAUGAAUCUCUUAGUAACCAUUUUCAGGCUUUUGGAUCAUUUGGAAGUAAACUCCAAACACCUUUUCUGGCCUGUUGUACUGCUAUUUAACACUAAUGCUGCUGGUUCAAACAGUCACCUCAGUGGAUCUUAUACUGUCAUCAAAAUGUUGAGUGUGAAGGUCGCAAAGGAGCUUCUGACAUCUCAAAGCUUCUCAUAAAAAACCUCUUUGAGAAUGCUGUCUCAGUGCAAGGGCUUCUGGGCUGGAGGCAUGAAAUGAUUAGAAAAAAUGUAAUACCCAAAAGCAAUAAAGAUAGAAAAGAAAAUGGGACUAUGAACAGGCCACUGGGUAAUUUCUAAUGUGAAAUCUGCGUGUUCGGUCUAGGUUACUCUUAAGUAUUUCAUCUGUGCAUGUUCAUUUAAGAGGAUAACAGUCAAAGAAUGAACAAUCUUUUGGUUGAAAAACAGUUUGAUUGCUGCUGAAUAUCACAUAGGUACAGAAAUCACCACUGACAAGCAAGCAGCUUGUGUAGUUACUUAACAUAUCUGUGCAUUUAUUAUUAUUAUUAUUUUUUUUCAGUCUGGACAGUUGUACAGUUCGUAAUGAUGAAAUACAACACAUUAACGAUAUAUUUCAACUUUUCCGUUCUGGGAGUAGUAGACAUUACAUUGACCUGUUGUGAGGUGAAUUACUAGUUACAAUUAGAUCACCAGCCUGUGAUAACUACAGCAUUUAAAUAAAUAAAUAAAAACGUGGACAUAUAUAGGACAGGGAUGUUGCGUAGAUUACGGGUAGUCAUGUUAAAGAGUAAAACAACAUGAUUAGAAAAAGAUGAUAGGCCUAAGUUUACAGCUUCACACUAGUUGCUUUUUUGCAUUACCAGAUUUUCAGCGUAAAUAUACAGAAACUAAAAACUCAACUUAGUCGUCUUUAUCAUUUCAAUUCUUCAGAAUGUUCUUCAUGCAAACCUCAGGUUUAUGGAGGAUGCGUCAGUGCAUUCAAACUGCAAUAAUAAGUUUGAGGUUCAUCAUUGUCAUGCCUCUGUUUUUAUGAUUUGCAUUCCUAUACCUUCUGAGGGGGCCUUGGUCUACUACUAUGAUUUUAUAAUAAUACUUUCACAAAAUUUCUGUGUUCAUUACCUGAUUGGGGAAAGAAAUAAUCAAAAAAAAAAAAAAACUUCACUAGAUUUUUUUUUUUUCUCAAGCUCUGUAUCUGAGGCCUCAAAGUUUUUUCACACCUAUAGCUGAGAUGGUGUACUUUUGACAUGCCAACUCAAAAUGUGUAUCUGAGAAUUUCUUGUAUUUUCUUUUUUUUUUCCUGAAAUUUUGAAUAAAUAAAUAAAUGAGAACUAA